UUCUGUGCAGUCCAAUGCUCGCUGUUCGACGUACUAUCUUAUCUGCCUCAUCAUCCUCCGUUGUGAGAUCAUUGACAGCUACGCUCCGUCCUAUCCCUCUGUGCUCGACCAGCCCCAUCCGCCGAGCAUCAUCUACCUCUAGAGUCAUCAUGGAGCCCGUCUUUUCCAAGGAAGCUGCCCCUCCUGCUGGUCCUUAUUCCCAGGCCAUUAAGACCCCGAGUGCCAUCUACUGCUCUGGCCAGAUCCCCUGCGAUGCAGAGGGCAACCUGAUCGAAGGCACCAUACAGGAGAAGACGGCUGCGUGCAUCAAGAACCUCAAGGCUGUCCUCGAGGCUGCCGGCUCGGGCAUCGAGAAGGUAGUCAAGGUCAAUGCCUUCAUCACAGACAUGGCCAACUUCGCGGCCAUGAAUGAGGAAUACUCCAAGUGGUUCACCCACAAGCCUGCUCGCAGCUGUGUCGCUGUCAAGACGCUCCCCAAGAACGUUGAUGUUGAGAUUGAGUGCAUUGCUCUGCCUUGAGGGAGUUCUCGUCAAGGAUAUGCGCUCUCAGGGGACGACGGACCAGUGAUUGGAAAGCAUCGAGUGCAAUAUGCAGCAUGAGGUAGAAUGCAAUGGAAAGGACGAGAUUGGGCCCACGGCUUGUCGACUAAUUGCCUCAACUGCCUGCCUGCCGGCGCCCCCCAAAUUUUCCAUCCCAACUUGUCUAUAUAGGUCAUGAGAGCAAAGUUUCUGUCACCCUUCAAUGGGCGCGCCCCCAUUACAUGAUCCCAAUAGUGUAGUGGUAACUUUCAAGGUUGCUUGCAAUACUUGUUAGGAAGAGGCCAACUGUUCGAGUCUCGCAAAGGUUGCAAGAGGAUGUGUUUGAGCUCACGCGGGACCGCCUUCCUGGCCAGACUCAGAACAGGUCGCAUGGGUUGGGCUUCGUCGAAGUGCGAUAUUUUUGCCAUUUCUCCUAUUCUUUUCCUCUUUUUCCCCCUCCUUCCUGUACGUGUGCGUGUGUGUCUUUGUUUUUUUUGUGAGGAUCUCUUUUUUUGUUCAUUCUUUUGGAGAUGCCCUCCAACCCCCCCCCCCCACCUCAACACAACCCUCUUUUGCUUAUCGUAUUUUGCCUCUGCUGCUCAGUACCGGGCCACAAGGUGUUUAAUUAGGCAAGGCACUUCUAUGAGGAUAUUUUCGUUUCAUUCAGCAUAUAUUACAGACCUCUUUCGAAUAGAGAUGGUGUAUCGAAGGAGUGUGAGUAAGAAUAUGAAUGAGCAUUUGGCUCCUCAGUCGCGUGGUGUUGCUGCUAUGGACAAACAGUCAGACGACAUUGAGAAGCGUGAUUCGAAAUUCCGAGAAUCAGGGCGUGAUGGAAUGUACGGGGACGAUGGACUACUGAGGAGCACCAAAACACACGGGCACGAUGGUACGAGCAUGUCCUCAGGUAAGAUUUUAUCGGUCAAGCUCACGGGUAUUUUUCUUGAUAAAGAUUUGUAUUUCCUUCUAUCUUGUCUAGACUGGAACAUCAUUGCUGUCUGAAUCU